AUGGAGCCGGAUGUGCCAUCUCCCCCAGUACUCAGUAGCUGGGCUGGGGCUGGAGGGGACCCAGGUGUGACUAGGUGGUGGCUGUCCAGCUCCCUCCCAAACAGGUCCCCCUGCCUCCCCCAGGAGUGGCUGCAGAACAUCUGGGAGGUCUACCAGAGACUGGGCCUUGAGGAUGACAUUGUGGAUCCCUCCAAUGAGCUGAUCAAGGACGGGCCAGUCCAAAAAAUCUCAAUCCGCAACAACAGCACAUCGGAGAAGUACCUGUUCCUGUUCAGCAACAUGCUGCUGUACUGUGUGCCUAAGGUCAUUCAGGUGGGCGCUGAGUUCCAGGUCCACCUCCGCAUUGACAUGGAUGGCAUGAAGGUGUGGGAGCUGAAUGACAUGCAGUUCCCUCACACCUCCCUGGUCUUGGGAAAGCAGCUGCAGGCCAGGUCUGGGGAGGAAAUGAAUGCCUGGAUCAAGGCUUUCCAGGAUGCCAUUGACAGGAAAGAGAAGAGGAGUGAGAGCUUUAAGAUAGUUGCGUGUGGGCUGGAGACAGGAAACCCCACACUCAAGACAGAAGAGCUGGGCUGCUGAGCCCCACAGUGGGUGCGGGACAACUUGGUGACCAUGUGCAUGAACUGCAAGGAACCCUUCAAUGCCAUCAUGUGCCGGAGACACCACUGUAGAGCUUGUGAAUACAUGAGUUACCCUGUGGUGUGCGCUCGCUGCUCAGAACACAAGGUGAGGCUGCAGUAUGAUGGGAACCACCUAAACCGUGUAUGUCAGGAAUGCUAUGUCUUCCUGAUGGGCCAUGUAGUGCUGGAGGACCAGGAGUGGAAGCACAAAGGCAUCCUGGAGAAAGGAGCUGCAGAGAUACCAGGCAGGAGUCUUCUGUGCAGUUCCCUGCAGCUGCUGGACAAGAAUGGCAAGGGAGGCAUGAGGGGCUAGUUUGUUAUCCCAUGGGAUGAUCCCCUUGUGCUGUGCAUUUAUGCAGACCCCCAGGAUGUCCAAGUCCACACCUCCAUUCCGCUGCUGGGCUACCAGGUGAGGGACCUGCCACAGGGCAAUGCCCAACACCUCUUCCAGCUGGCACAGUCCCAGCAGGUCUACACCUUCCUGGCCGACACAGAGGAACUAAAACAGCGCUGGAUGAGGACCAUGGCAUGCUGUGCUGCAGGGAUCAUACACCCAGAGGAGGGUGAGGAUGCGGACUCAUGCAGUGAGGCAGAAUGAAGCCAUGCCCAACUCCCGGGCUGCCUGGUGGGUCACACCUACCCACCAACACCUCCUGCUCAUAGCCAGCCUUAGGCAGAUCCCCCACCUCUCUGCACUUUAAUUUUUCACUGCAAAAAGGGCAAGGUGGGGGUACGUUUGCCACCAUAUGGACAAGCCAAUCCCUCCUUCCCUCCCCUCCAUAGAAGAUGGAUGUGAGGUGGGGGGAAAACUAGGGCGUUCUGGGGAGCCCGCAGCUUGCCUGGCAUUGGUCUGCUGCGCUGUGCUGCCGCCUGAGGGCAGCAAUGCCUCAGUUUUCCUCCGAGCCUGGUGGUGGAUGUUGCAGGGACUAUGCCCAUGUUUGUGAAAGCAUCUAUGGAACUGGAACCGCUGCCAUAAAUCCUUCCUCUUACACCAGU